CAGCGCAGAGCUGGUCGCCGGCGGCUACGUGCCGAGGUGCACUGCGGGCUGUCAGUCUCGCCUCGACAGCAGACGGAGGAGCAGCAACUCAGGUUCUCUAACAUCCCGUCAGACCGCCACCAUCAUGGCUUUGAGCGCAGACCCGAACUUCCAGAAGCUGGACCAGUGGUACCGAGCGAACGGCAGCAGCCUCAGCAUGAGGGCGAUGUUCGACAGCGACCCGGAGCGGUUCGAGAAGUUCAGCACGACCCUGAAGACCGAUGAUGGAGACCUCCUGCUGGACUUCUCCAAGAACCUCAUCAACCAGGAAGUGAUGGAGAUGCUGCUCACCCUGGCCAAGUCGAGGGGAGUGGAGCAGGCCCGAGAGCAGAUGUUCACCGGAGAGAAGAUUAACUUCACCGAGGUGCUGAGCUUCAGUCACUGCAGGGUCCAGCUGGGCUCACCUGGGUCCAGUUGGACUCACCUGGGUCCAGCUGGGCUCACCUGGGUCCAGCUGGGCUCACCUGGGUCCAGUUGGACUCACCUGGGUCCAGCUGGGCUCACCUGGGUCCAGCUGGGCUCACCUGGGUCCAGUUGGACUCACCUGGGUCCAGCUGGGCUCACCUGGGUCCACCUGGACUCACCUGGGUCUGGCUGUUUGUUUCCAAACAUUUAGACCUGUCUUUAGUUUGAUGGUUGAAGUGU